AUAAUAUGUGGCUCUGGCUCCCAGAAUACCCAACAUUCCAACCUGGAUGGGACCAAGAAGAAAUUCAUGCCACAUUCUUCAAAUGCAUCAGUUGGCAAGUGGAGGAAACCUUGGAUACAAUCAAUUGUCCUUACCAUUAUUUCUGUGACAAAACAUAUCCUCCAAAUUACCCACUUGCUGUUGAUAUCUUGGUUCUUCUAUUCACAACAGCUUCUUAUUUUGGGACUCUUGUCAUAGUGAUGAUGGAUAUGAAUUCAGGAAGAGGAAGAAUCUUUUGGGGUCAAUCAAAAAGAUUCCUUUUACCCUCUGGUCCUAUAUCCCUCCCACUUAUAAUCUUAGCAUUUGCAAAGGGUCCUCAAAUUAACACAAUAUUUCCACUCUCUUGCACUGGUCCUGCAAUUCUUCUCCUGGUUCUCAUUUCUGCAUUGUCCUUUGACAAUGGAGCUGAUAAGGACUUUAAGUACACUUUUUUUGUUGCAUCAACAGUGUCUGGCAUUUUGCAUGCAAGCUUAUAUCUGGAUUCUGUUGUGUUGCCUUAUUACACAGGUUUUGAUGCACUCAUGUCUUCAACACUUUCAGGUGAGUGUGCAUCUUGUGUAUGCAGGAAAGAGGCUUUGGUUGUUGGAGGGAAACUAGUGAGGUAUAGGGGUUGGUCAAUGACCACAUUUUUGUUGUGGGGGUUCUCUGUUUGAGGAUUAUAUGCAAAAUCUCUGGAGAAAAUGCAGGGAAAUUGUUGUCCAUCAAAGCCUUGAUGGAAAGGUUUAGCUGGAUCUUAAUAACCUUUGAUUGCGUUUACCUCACAGUUUACUC